UUUUAAAAUGACAUCUACACCUGAGCUUGUAACGGGCACUGCGGAGCCUCAGCAGAAUGGAAAGUUUAAGUUGGAGAUUCCUGAUAUUGUGGUGAUUGUGGUGUACUUUGUGUUUGUUCUAGCGGUGGGAAUAUGGUCAUCAAUCAGGGCUAACCGCGGGACAGUUGGAGGAUAUUUCUUAGCAGGCAAAUCCAUGACAUGGUGGCCAAUUGGUGCUUCUUUGAUGUCCAGUAAUGUGGGCAGUGGCUUGUUCAUUGGAUUAGCAGGGACUGGGGCAGCAAGCGGAAUCGCUGUCGGGGCAUUUGAGUGGAACGCAGCAUGGGUCCUUGUUGCCUUAGGCUGGAUCUUUGUGCCUGUGUACAUUUCUGCUGGAGUGGUCACCAUGCCUGAAUACCUGAGGAAGAGAUUUGGUGGCCAGCGCAUUCGAAUCUACAUGAGUGUGCUGUCUCUCAUUCUCUACAUCUUCACCAAGAUAUCAACAGACCUUUUCUCUGGAGCACUGUUCAUUCAGGUGUCGCUGGGUUGGGACUUAUAUGUCUCCACUGUAGUGCUGCUUGUAGUCACAGCGCUCUAUACUAUAGCUGGUGGGCUGACAGCUGUGAUCUACACUGAUGCCUUACAGACUGUAAUUAUGGUAGCCGGAGCAUUUGCUCUCAUGUUCAUAGCUUUUGCUAAAGUGGGCUGGUAUGAGGGUCUGCUGGAGCAGUAUGGAAAAGCGGUGCCUGCAAUCACUGUUCCUAACACUACAUGUCACCUCCCACGCCCAGAUGCCUUCCAUAUCUUUCGCGACCCAGUGACAGGGGACUUGCCCUGGCCAGGGCUGCUCUUCGGUCUGACCGUGCUGGCUACAUGGGUGUGGUGCACUGACCAGGUGAUAGUGCAGCGGUCCUUGUCUGCCAAAAACCUAUCGCAUGCUAAAGGUGGCUCUGUGCUGGGGGGCUACCUGAAGAUCCUUCCCAUGUUCUUCGUUGUUAUGCCAGGCAUGAUCAGCAGAGCACUCUACCCAGAUGAGGUGGGUUGUGUGGAUCCUGAUGAGUGCCUUAGAAUCUGUAAAGCUGCUGUAGGCUGUUCUAACAUUGCCUAUCCUAAACUGGUGGUGGAGCUCAUGCCCGUAGGUAUGCGAGGGCUGAUGAUUGCGGUGAUGAUGGCAGCUCUAAUGUCCUCCCUCACCUCCAUAUUCAACAGCAGCAGCACCCUCUUCACCAUGGACAUCUGGCAGCGCAUAAGACGCCAGGCCUCUGAGAUGGAGCUCAUGGUUGUAGGCAGGGUGUUCGUUUUAUUGCUGGUAGUCUUGAGCAUCUUAUGGAUUCCAGUCAUCCAGUCAGCCAACAGUGGACAGCUUUUUGACUACAUUCAGGCCAUAACCAGUUUCUUGGCUCCUCCCGUCACUGCAGUGUUUCUCAUGGCCAUCUUCUGGGGUCGAAUGAAUGAACAAGGUGCGUUCUGGGGUCUGAUAGUGGGUCUAGUUAUAGGAGUCACACUAAUGGUGUUGCAGUUUGCUUAUGGCACCCCUUCCUGUGGGGAGAAGGACUUGCGGCCGGAUCUGCUGAAAGACGUGCAUUACCUCUACUUUGCUCUCAUACUGCUAGCUCUGACAGGCCUGGUCAUAACGGUAGUGAGCCUCUGCACUGCCCCCAUUCCAAACCAACAUCUUGUUCGUUUAACCUGGUGGACUAGACACAGCAAAGAGCAGCGUGUAGAUCUGGAAGAUCCGUGGGCAGCCCCACCCGCAGCAGAAGAAUCCAACCCUGCAGGCUCUGACUCGCAGCUGGAGCAGGAGACACCUUCAUGCUGGAGGCGUGUGGGAAUGUGGCUGUGUGGGCUGUCUGAAACUCCUGGGCCGAAGCUGAGCUCAGCUGAAAAGCAGGCUCUGGAGAAGAAGCUGACCAGCAUUGAGGAGGGCCACAUCUGGAAAAAUGUUUGUAAUAUCAAUGCCAUCAUUCUGCUCACUGUUAAUGUGUUUCUUUGGGGCUACUUUGCUUGAGAAUCAUAUUUAGAAAUACAUGGCAAAAAUCUGCUCUGCUGGGUGUUUUAGGGCACUUUCAAGAGUACCUGAGCCAUAAUAAUAGAUGAAACACUAGAAUAUACAGUACUGUACAUAUGAAAUAAGACUGACAAAUCAAAAUCAUUCAUCUUAAUGACAGUUAUUUUCUAAGAUGUCAAUCUUUGAAAAUAAAACAAAUAAAACAAACAAUGCAAUGUACACAACUAGUACUGUUAGAAAUUCACCUUUCAGGAUUCAGAAGUCAGGAGACCUUCAGCGUAGACUUGAUUUUAUUGACACACAGGAAAUGUGGGCAAAGCUUAGUGGAUCGCAGCCAGUCUGAUUAGGGAUAUUUUAGGACAACCUUAUAUACACUGGAAGUUGUGGGAGGAGGAUAAAGGUGAGGAAAAGGAGUUUUAAGGGGGGUAAGCAAAGGGGAUGAGGGUGAUAAAGAAGAGGGGGUUAAGCAGGGGUAUGCGAGGGGGAUGAGGGUGAUAGAAGAGGGGGUUAAGCAGGGGGAUGAUGAUUACCUUAUCAAAAGGACAGAGGUGCCGACUCCCUGCAAGGAUGGCGAACAUCAACACUCCUUGAUGGUUGCCACCCUAGAGGGUUAUUGUGUGACCUUAUGGUCGGCAAUCAAAGGGCCAAACCAACAAUGCAGGGGGUUGACCACCUCAGAUCAGCAGAUGGGACAAACAAUGGAGGGAGCUGACCAUCCUCAGGUCAGAAGAUAGAAGCUUAAUUUCUCUCAGUACAGACAAUUGGACAUAUUAAUUCAACACUACAUCUCAUGUGCACAUAAAGGCCCAAUCCAAUUUCACCCCUUGCCUCUACCACUUAGUCCGUACCCUUUUGUGUGUUUAGGCAAAGGGGGUAGGUUGUCCUGAUUUUGUUGAGAUUGAGAAGUAGGGCAAAUGUUAGGGCUACAUAGCACUCCAAAUGGAGGUUUUUCAGAGGCUCACUCCAAAAAAAGUGUUAUGAGAAAAAAGAAAAAUAGCGCAAGUGGUCAAAGAAAUUCACAAUUGUACGUAAAAUGAUAAGUGUUGUAUUAUCUUAGUUUAAUGUUGUUUCAAUAUAUUAUGGUCCCUUUCUUCAUAACAAGCAUAAAAAUCUGCUAAUAAUAUGCUAAUGUCUUGAUAGACAGCUAGCUAAAUUUCCCAUUACACCUUAAAUAGUCCAGCAGCACAAACUCCUGAAGCAUGACAAUGUAACUGCUGCUCCAUUUAAGGUAGAAAAGGAAAGGUGGUGAAUAGCUAAAGUCAGCUUCGUAUCACUGAAGAAUUUGGGGUGGGCAAUAAUAAAUAAUUAUCACAUCCAUCCUCUUUGCAAGCAUAUGAUACCAUAUGAAAGCAUAUGAUGUAACUUAAGUCCAGCAGAGAGGUUGCUGAACUUUUUAUCCCCCUCUGCUGUCAAUGCAGGCUAGCAGGGUCGUCUACAGAACACUGCUAGCCUGUUAAUGAAGCAAUGCUCUUCUUUGUUUGAGGGUUGUCCCAUUUCGUAAAAGAGGAUUUCAACCACUACCCCUCAUCUCAGUUCUAAGGGGCAAUGUGAAUGUAAAAACAAGAGGUAUGGGUAAAUAUAGGAAAUGAGAUUGGGUCAAAAUGCAAAAAUGUAAGCAUUUGGCAUUCAUGAUUGCUUAAGCCUUUCUCUUUAAUUAAUCUGUAACUACAGAAGCACCUUUUUCCUGAACGCUAAGUCUAACUGUAAAAACAUGAAAUACAAAAUAUACAAAAUUUAUUUCUAUUCACACCCUACAAAAGGUUUACAAAUAGCUUUUACUGGUCAGCAUUUAUCCUGUUUUUACCUGUACAGAUGAGCUACAUCUGUAAGCUACUCCACAUAUUACUACAUUUUUUCCAAGACCAGAUGAAAAUAUGAAAAUGUUAACUUGUGUUUGAUAAUGGAGCAGUGAAAUAAUAGUAACAUUUUGGCAAGUAAUUCAUUUGUUAUGUGCAGAAAAUGAACAUUUUGUAAACAAGAAAUGUGCUAAACUUUAUCAUAUUUAAAAUGCAGGCAAAUAAAGAAUAUUUCUGCUCUAAA